CUUAUCGGUUUCGGCUUUUAUACAUAGAAGAAAUUUGAAAGCCGAGCCACUUCGCCGCAGCGUGCGACUGAGGAGCAGGCCGCGCGAGUGGUUGGGCGAUUUCUCAAGAAGCGGAGGAAAUUUCGCCACACACUUCGCGGCAUAAACGAGUUACGGCGGCAAGGGCUUAUCGAAAUCGAGAAAUCCGAUGCCAGUGUUGGUGGUGCAGUCAAAAUGCACGCCAAAGUGCGCGGAUCGCACUGGGUCUUGCACGGGCCCGGCGGCUCCGCGACUGUGGUUAGAGACCACAAGUCCUCCGUACAGAAGUCUGGGAACUGACACCUUGCGCAUAUUGAAGCGAACCACCCUCGUUGCUGCUGCGGGUCCGCACACUGCUGAAGCCAAUGUGACAGCCGCUGAAACGUCGGACUUUCAAUUGCUGAAAGGACCCCUCGGCACUUCGAAGAAGAAGUUAGCGGAACUGAUGUCCGAUCCUGAUGGUAUGCUUCGUUCGGAAUCUUAAUCUGUUGAUCGCAUACUAUGAUUACAAAUUAACAAAAGAUUAUGCAACCACAUAAUCAGGACUUGCGAAUACUAGACCUUAAGACAAUUUCUUAUGCUUGCACAUAAAUCUGACGAUCAUCAUCUUUCUACUUCCACUUCUUGGGCUAUGUCAUAACCAUCUUGUAUCCAUACGACCUUAACAUAUAAGGUCAUGGAUCUGAAAUUUUUUGGAACCCUCCUGUUAUUGUUGACAAGGAGCAGAAAAAUG